AUCACUGUACUUUUCCUCUUUCCCUCACUACCUUUGACAAAUCUACACGCUACUACUUACUACCAUCUAUCCUUGUUUUCUCUAGAACUCGCCUUUUUGUCUCACCCCUAUAUAUACCCUCGUUCGCUAAUUUCGGCUUUUUCUUCACAGCCCAUUUCGUAUUUUUCCUCUAAUUUCUCUCUCUUUCGGUGCGCCGUGGAUCGAGGAUUGGAUCGGAUUUCUGUAGAAAAAGUAGGGAUUUUGGUUUGUUGUUUGAGGAUAUGGAAGGGAAUCAGUCGUCGUUCUGGCAGUUCAGCGACAAUCUCCGUUUGCAGACGAAUACCCUAGCUAAUCUGUCUCUCAACGAUUCCAUCUGGAGUACUAGCUACGCGGCGGCGAAGCGUCCCGCCGAGGAGCGACGGAAUUUCGACUUUCGGAACGGUGGGGAUGCGAUGGCGGCGCCUUUCUCCGCCGCGUUGGUUAAUGAUCUGAAGCCGGAAUUCGAUCUAGGAUUCAGCAACGAUGUCUGGAAGGCUCCGAUCAACGAUGUUCUUAACGCUAAUAUCAAUUACCCCGGGUUUGGAUCGGAUCCAGCUGGGCUCAACGGAGGGUUUAAUAAAGGUAUUUACUCCAGCCCUUCCUUAAACAUGAAUCGUUACAGCAAAGGCGGCGCUUUCGCCGGCAACGUCGCGGUGAACGGGAAGGUGGGCAGGAGUGGCAAAAAUGAGGAAUUUGGGGGUAAAAUCGGGAAGAAGAAUAAAGGGAAUAAGGAGGCGAGCAACAAGGACGGUAAUGGUAACAACAGCAACGGUAGCGGCGACAAGACGGCAGCGGACAAGAGAUUCAAGACUCUGCCGCCGGCGGAAGCUCUGCCCAGAAACGAGACCAUCGGAGGGUACAUCUUUGUCUGCAACAAUGAUACCAUGGCGGAGAAUCUCAAGAGACAACUCUUUGGUUUACCUCCCCGCUACCGAGACUCUGUCCGAGCAAUUACCCCAGGAUUACCGCUGUUUCUUUACAACUAUUCUACCCAUCAGCUCCAUGGGGUGUUUGAGGCUGCAAGCUUUGGUGGGACUAACAUCGACCCAACAGCUUGGGAGGACAAGAAAAACCCUGGCGAAUCACGAUUCCCAGCUCAGGUUCGUGUUGUAACAAGGAAGAUCUGUGAGCCAUUGGAGGAGGACUCUUUCAGGCCAAUUCUUCACCACUACGAUGGACCCAAAUUUCGCCUCGAGCUGAACAUCCCUGAGGUUCUCUCCCUCUUGGAUAUCUUUGAUGAGAUCAGCACUUAAAGAGUGGCUCAGCAACAUAUAUAUAUAUAUAUAUAUAUUUCAUACCCAAAGAAAGAGUUGGGGAGGAGAGGAAGACUAAAGAAUAGUUAUAAGUUAAUGGAACGAAGGGAAAGCAUCCCUAGGUUAAGUGUUUAUGUGUGUGUAUGUGUAAAUAUGGAAGUCAGACAAUGUAAGAGGAGGAGUAUUGGGGCAAUGAAGCCAUUUUGAUACUCCCCAGUUGUCUGCCUUCCUUUAGUGUUUACAUGUUCAACUAGUAACUCUACUUUUAUAUUAUAUAUAUUAUUAUAUACUCAAAAGGCCAGUUCAAACUAUGGCUGCGGCAAUAUGUUUGUAAUAAAAUUCUAUGUGAAGGUUGUAAUAAGGGCUGUGUUGUGCUCAUAUGUGUGUGGUGAUGAGACGAGAUUAAGAUGAAUAACUUGAGUUAGAGUGAGCAUCCUCAAAUGUUUGUGUAGCAGCUUUCUUGAAAGUGAUGCGAUCUAAUAAAACUAGGAAUUAAGGCCA